GUGUGUGUGUGUGUGUGUGUGUGUGUGUGUGUGUGUGUGUGUGUGGUGAGUGAGCGCUCUCGGUUAUAUUAUUGUUUUGGAAGAAAAAUCUUGAAAAUAUCAGGCAGGUUACCGUGCUCCUAGGGUGGUGGUUCUUCUUCUGGUCAAGAGGACUUGGCCAGACCAAGCUACUACAGACAUUUUUCAGCGAGUAAAGAGAAUUUUCCUCUGAGAACAAGAGGGAUUUUUUUCCCCUGGCUCUGCAGCCAGUGAAAGAGAUUUGUCCCUACACCUGUGAAAUCGACCAGAGCCGUGUGAUUACCAGGGCUGGAGCGAGGACUCGGGAAGAAAAGGAGCAAUAAAUCCAACAGCCUGUCAGUGCCUUUGGCCACAUUGGAAGAUGUCAUCUCAAACUAAGUUCAAGAAAGACAAAGAGAUCAUUGCCGAAUAUGAAGCCCAAAUAAAAGAGAUCCGCACGCAGCUGGUGGAGCAGUUCAAGUGCUUGGAGCAGCAGUCUGAGUCGAGGCUGCAGCUGCUCCAGGACCUCCAGGAGUUUUUCCGCCGGAAAGCCGAGAUCGAGCUUGAGUACUCCCGCAGCCUGGAGAAACUGGCUGAGCGCUUCUCCUCCAAGAUCCGCAGCUCCCGGGAGCACCAGUUCAAGAAGGACCAAUAUCUCCUCUCGCCCGUGAACUGUUGGUAUCUAGUCCUGCAUCAGACCAGGCGGGAGAGCCGAGACCAUGCCACCCUCAACGACAUCUUCAUGAACAAUGUCAUCGUUCGCCUCUCCCAAAUCAGCGAGGAUGUCAUCAGACUCUUCAAAAAGAGCAAGGAGAUCGGCCUGCAGAUGCAUGAGGAGCUCCUGAAGGUCACCAAUGAGCUCUACACGGUCAUGAAAACCUACCACAUGUACCAUGCGGAGAGCAUCAGUGCGGAAAGCAAGCUGAAGGAGGCUGAGAAGCAGGAGGAGAAGCAGUUCAACAAGUCGGGAGACCUCAGCAUGAACCUGCUCCGGCAUGAGGACCGGCCCCAGCGCCGUAGCUCCGUGAAGAAGAUUGAGAAGAUGAAGGAGAAGAGGCAGGCAAAGUAUUCUGAGAACAAGCUGAAAUGCACUAAGGCCCGGAACGACUACUUGCUGAAUCUGGCGGCCACCAACGCAGCUAUAAGCAAAUACUACAUCCACGAUGUCUCUGACCUCAUCGACUGCUGUGAUUUGGGCUUUCAUGCCAGCCUGGCCCGCACCUUCCGGACCUACCUCUCAGCCGAGUACAACCUGGAGACCUCUCGCCAUGAGGGGCUGGACGUCAUCGAGAACGCGGUGGACAACCUGGAUUCCCGAAGUGACAAGCACACAGUCAUGGACAUGUGCAACCAGGUCUUCUGUCCCCCCCUCAAGUUUGAGUUCCAGCCCCACAUGGGGGACGAGGUGUGCCAGGUCAGUGCUCAGCAGCCCGUCCAGACGGAACUGCUCAUGCGGUACCACCAGCUGCAGUCCAGACUGGCCACUCUCAAGAUCGAGAACGAGGAGGUUAGAAAAACCCUGGACGCCACCAUGCAGACCCUGCAGGACAUGCUGACUGUGGAGGACUUUGACGUCUCCGACGCCUUCCAACAUAGCCGGUCCACAGAGUCUGUGAAGUCAGCUGCCUCCGAGACCUACAUGAGCAAGCUCAACAUCGCCAAGAGGAGAGCCAACCAGCAGGAGACAGAAAUGUUUUAUUUUACAAAAUUUAAAGAAUAUGUGAACGGCAGUAACCUCAUCACUAAGCUACAGGCCAAGCAUGACUUACUCAAGCAGACUCUGGGCGAAGGGGAGAGAGCAGAAUGCGGUACAACCAGCAGAAGAGAUGGAAGGCUUAGGCUGCCCCACUUUCCUUGGCUGAGCUGCCCCCCUGCUCCCCACUUUGUGCCCCACCCAGCACUUCAAGGAAGAAGAAAUGCUCGAACCAGGAACCAGGUAUUUACUGGAAAGGAUUCAGGACAAGCUAUACCACUGGUCGUCGAGAGCUGCAUCAGAUACAUCAAUUUAUAUGGACUCCAGCAGCAAGGGAUCUUCAGAGUGCCAGGAUCCCAGGUUGAAGUCAAUGACAUCAAAAAUUCCUUUGAGAGAGGUGAAGACCCGCUUGUGGAUGAUCAAAAUGAACGAGAUAUCAAUUCAGUCGCUGGUGUUCUAAAACUGUAUUUCCGAGGACUGGAAAACCCACUCUUUCCUAAGGAAAGGUUUCAAGAUUUGAUAUCUACUAUUAAACUGGAGAACCCAGCUGAGAGGGUGCACCAGAUCCAACAAAUCCUCAUCACCCUUCCCCGCGUGGUCAUCGUGGUCAUGAGAUACCUCUUCGCUUUCCUCAACCACCUCUCGCAAUAUAGUGACGAGAACAUGAUGGAUCCCUACAACUUGGCCAUCUGCUUCGGACCCACCCUCAUGCACAUCCCCGAUGGGCAAGACCCUGUGUCCUGCCAGGCACACGUCAACGAAGUCAUCAAAACCAUCAUCAUCCACCAUGAAGCCAUCUUCCCCAGCCCCCGGGAGCUAGAGGGACCUGUGUAUGAAAAAUGCAUGGCUGGAGGGGAAGAAUAUUGCGACAGCCCGCACAGCGAGCCAGGGACCAUCGACGAAGUUGACCACGACAAUGGCACCGAGCCUCACACCAGUGAUGAAGAAGUGGAGCAGAUCGAGGCCAUCGCCAAGUUUGACUACGUGGGGCGGUCCCCGCGUGAGCUGUCCUUCAAGAAGGGAGCCUCACUGCUCCUGUACCACCGCGCCUCCGAGGACUGGUGGGAGGGUCGUCACAACGGCGUGGAUGGGCUCAUCCCACAUCAGUACAUAGUUGUACAGGACAUGGACGAUGCCUUCUCGGACAGCCUGAGCCAAAAGGCCGACAGCGAGGCCAGCAGUGGGCCACUGCUGGACGACAAGGCCUCCUCCAAAAACGACCUCCAGUCCCCCACGGAGCACAUCUCGGAUUACGGCUUUGGGGGGGUGAUGGGCCGAGUGCGGUUACGAUCUGAUGGAGCAGCCAUCCCCAGGCGCCGAAGCGGGGGAGACACACACAGCCCGCCCCGGGGCCUGGGCCCCAGCAUAGACACGCCACCCCGGGCCGCCGCCUGCCCCAGCAGUCCCCACAAAAUCCCCCUCUCCCGGGGGCGGAUCGAGAGCCCCGAGAAGCGGAGGAUGGCGACGUUCGGGAGCGCCGGCAGCAUCAACUACCCCGACAAGAAGGCGCUCUCCGAAGGGCACUGCAUCCGGUCGACGUGCGGCUCCACCAGGCACAGCAGCCUGGGGGACCACAAGUCCCUGGAGGCCGAGGCCCUGGCAGAAGACAUCGAGAAGACCAUGAGCACAGCUCUGCACGAGCUGCGGGAACUGGAGAGGCAGAACACAGUCAAGCAGGCACCAGAUGUGGUGCUGGACACCCUGGAGCCCCUGAAGAACCCGCCAGGCCCCAUCAGCUCAGAGCCGGCCAGCCCCCUGCACACCAUCGUCAUCCGCGACCCCGACGCCGCCAUGCGUCGCAGCAGCAGUUCCUCCACCGAGAUGAUGACCACCUUCAAGCCAGCCCUGUCCGCCCGCCUGGCCGGCGCCCAGCUGCGCCCGCCCCCCAUGCGGCCGGUGCGGCCCGUGGUCCAGCAUCGGUCCAGCAGCAGCAGCAGCUCGGGCGUGGGCAGCCCGGCCGUGACGCCCACCGAGAAGAUGUUCCCCAACAGCUCGGCCGACAAGUCGGGCACCAUGUGACCUGCGGGGUGGCGGGCACCGCCCCGGCCCGCCGUGGCCCGCCGUGGCCGAGGGUGGCCUCUGUGACUCCCACGUCCUCCCGGUGCUCCUGGCCUUGUCGGGCAGGGCCCGGAAGGUCAGCCUGGGAGCGGGUCUGUGUGGAGCUGAGGCCCAGGCCCGAGCCACAGCUCACCUUCAGCCACAUGAAUCCACAGGCCUCCCUCCUGUGUGCACACAGACGGCCAAGCGGAGAGGAGCAGCCGCCCCAGCCGGAGCCUUUCCCGAGGUCGUGGCAAAUGUUAAAUGGCUUCACCCGCGUAUCGUCACUGGAAAGUUAUUCUCUCGACAUUCUCUCUACAUGCAUCCAUACGUGUGUAUGUAUGUGUAUGUGCAUAUGUACACGUAUAUAUGUACGUAUGUGUCUGUAGGAGUGUGUGUGUGUAUAUAUAUAUUUAUGCAUCUAUAUACAUAUACUAGAUCUGGACACACAUAUGAAAUGUAUAUAGGAUCUCCUUUUUCUUUUUACGAAACUUAGAUUUACCUCAGACCCAUGCCACCAAACAUCUCCCGCUGAGUUAUUUGGUGGGAUUUGCAGGGACUUUUCUGGGAGAAUUUAAGGCCCACAGUAACUGCGAAUGAAGCAAUAUACUACUAACCUGCAGAAAAACAAAACCAGUCUCCCACUGUCUCCAGAAGUUGUGGCCUUCCAGAACAGUCUGCCCCUAAAGGAAGGGUGGGGCAGGUGGUACCCCGGGCAGGCUGCUCCCAGAGGUGGGGAACCCUUCACAGAGCCCCCCCCCGUCCACCCCAGAGACCCUGCCUUUCCACACGGAGGCCAAGACCAACUGCACCCCAAAGGCAUGGAGGACGUUGGCGAGAAGAGCCCUGACUGCAGCGGCCUGUGUUCGACUGUAGAAGAGGGGAUGGUGAGAGCCUGAGCCCCAUCGUAGCGCAGUAUUAUGUGUGGUUGGGAAAAAGGAAAAAAAAAACCCGAACAGUGGUGUGGAACACUUCAAAACCUAGAAACGCUGUAGGAAUAAAUCUGUGGUAACUGUAGAGGUUUAACUUAUACCAUUUUCAAAAUAUUUAAUUUUGUCUUUUCCUCUUUCUACUAAUUAUACUGUGUCAAAAUCUGGAACUAAACAGGCAAGGAGACUUUGAGUCCCAUCAUUUUAAUUUGAAAUCAGGCCGUGACACGCUCUGGCUGGUGGCCUCUUGCAUGAACCACACGGGACCGUAAGUGCCCACCUCAGACCAGGGCCGGGGAGGGAGUCCUUGGCACUUGCCGUCCUAGAGAACGCUUCGGUGGACUUUAUGCCAUGAAAUAAGCUUCCCUCUCCCCUUUCCCUUCCCUUUUGCCCACCUCCUCCAGCACAUUUAACUCAAUUGAAAAUAUGGGGUUAGGUUUGGGGGGCGUGUCACCCACCUCACUGAACCUCUGUCUCCUGCUCCAUAAAAAUGUAAGCGAGCAAGCCAUGCCACCUAGAAAGCAUUGUGCCAACACGAUUGCUCUCUUCACGGUCAUCACUAAGGUGAAAACCAUCCAGCGCCAUCCUUUUGAAACCUCCUAAUGGCAUUUGAGAAGUGGGCAGUGGAAUUUUCCUGCCAGCUUCAUAGGAGCCAUGAAGCCCAGUCCUGCAGGUACAUCACCUCUUGACAUUCCAUCAUCACCAUUUCAGCCCAUUGGAUUGUUUCGCCCUCUCCUCUGGUCCCCAGACGGGGGGACCUAUGAAGCCACGUUACCUAGGUGUAUAGGGGUGGUGAGCCACGCUGCCUUGCCUGAAGCACUGGCCUUGAGAGCACACAGUGGAGGAAAGAAUAAGAAAGGGCACAAAAAGAGAAUGCCAGGGAGAGGCCAGUGACAAACUUGACCUUCCUUGUUUUGCCUGUAACUCCUGGAAAUGAAAGAGCCUCAGAACGAGCUAGGAGCCCUCUGUCUUUUUAGCACAUAAACAUACCCCCAUAUUACAGGUUAGGAGAGGAAGCAAGGCCUUAGGAUGGCUGUGACUUGUCCAAGAUUUAAUAGAUGGCUGAGAGUGGGGCUGGGUCCAGCUCCUAAAGUCAUUUAUUUGCAAGGAGGCUGUGCUGUUCAGUGGGAUAAGAGACUUCUCAUGUCCACCCCAGAGAGACUCGCAGACCUUAAAUGCAGUGGCCUCCUGUGCAAAAUGCCACGUUCUCUGCCAUGACUACCAGACGAAAAGUGAAAAUCUGAAUUGACAGAUCUGUUGCCUGAAAUACAUAACACCAGUCAGAUCAUGUGGAUUUUCCUCUGAAAUGACUAACUUCAUCUUUCCUUAUUGAAAAUAGGCCUGCCUUUCACUGAAUUACCUGAGGGCAGAGCCUUUGCUGUUUUCUUUAGGCACCUAUUCUUCCAUUGGGAAAUGGCUGGUGAGUUCACAUUUAGGGAAGCUCACACCUCACUCAUCCAGCUCCGAAUCUGAGCCUUGACGCAGAACCACGUGGAAAAGUCCUUCCCCCUGCCCCACCCAUCUGGCGCCCUGCAUGUCUCAGGCCCCCUCCACGCGCAUCCAGGCCCGCCCACUGUCACGAGCAUUGGCAUUCUCGUCCUGACUCCUGCCUGUGUUAGUCCACUAUAUAUUGCUGUAUUUGCUUAAAUGCUGGAAAGUAACUGUUAAAAUGUGAAACUGUAAUUUUUAAAAAGGCUACAAUGAAAUCACAGCCAAUGCCACUCACCAAAUCUUUGCACCUAGUAGAUAGAUCAGUGUAAAAAACAAGUACCAGAAACCUAACUGUACAGUGAGCGUGGGGGGAAACGUAGUAACCUAGUUAGUAGUCCUCAGUAUAACCAGUUGUACAAGGGGAAGUGGUGUUUACCUGCUUGUCCAUCACGAUUACCGAAAGCUGUACUGAUCAGUUCAUUGAUAACGGGCAAUUUUUUUUUUUUUUUUUCUU